CAGAUUGAGCUGUCAGAAUGUGGAAAGAUUUUGGAAUAGUUGUAGUAGUAGUGCUAUGCCUGCUCAGCUGGAGCAUUCCGGCUGAGGGUAAACGAAUGCCGGAGCUGACUGCCGAGCAGCUGAACAAAUUGUCCCGGCGCGACUUUGACCCACGUGUAGUAGGCGGCAGCGAUGCGAAGCUGGGCCAGGCGCCCUAUCAGAUCUCGCUGCAGGGCAUGUAUGGCGAUCAUAUGUGCGGAGGCGCCAUCAUCGAUGAAUACCACGUCCUCACGGCUGCCCAUUGUGUCUAUGGCUACAAUCCAACCUAUCUGCGCGUUGCAACUGGCUCAAUACUCUGGGACAAGCCUGAUGCCAAGUACUUCGUGGAGGAGCAUUGGGUGCAUUGCAAUUACAAUGCGCCCGACUAUCACAACGAUAUUGCGAUGAUACGGCUCAACGAUUCGAUCAAGUGGAAUGAGUACACUCAGCCUGCCACGUUGCCAGAUGCGCCGCUGGCCAAUGGAUCGCAGCUUCUGCUGACGGGAUGGGGCUCCACGGUAUUUGGCAGCGACACGCCCGAUGUGCUGCAGCAGGCAGUACUCACGUAUGUGGACUAUGACUCGUGUCAGGAGAUCAUGGGCGGGGAUGUAUUUAAUGGACCCGGGCACAUAUGCACGCUGACUGAUCAGGGUCAGGGCGCAUGCCAUGGCGACUCGGGUGGUCCAGUUGCCUGGGAUGGCAUACUCUAUGGCCUGGUCAACUGGGGACACCCCUGCGCCAUUGGCUAUCCGGACAGCUAUGCGUCGGCCUAUUACUAUCGCGACUGGAUACGACGCACAAAGGCGUCAUCGUCCUGCAAGGAUUGUCACUGCUAUGCGAGCAACUACGGCGUAUGAUUGAAAUAAAAGAAAAGCGAAUCCAUUUCCAUUCAAACAAUA